UCCUGAUAUAUCAGCAGCCAAGCAAGCAUAGCCUUUAGCAGCGGCAGUCCAAUACGCUAAUGGAGCUCCUUGCAGUCUCUUUCUCGUCAUCUCUGGCUGGGAAUGCCUUGUUUUUGGCGAGGCAGCAUUUGUGCAAGUGGAAGAACCAUAGUAGAUUUGACUUAGAAGCCAAAUUUGUGAGAAAUAAAAUUUUGAAUAAGAGUUUGAGAAGAGGAAGGAGGUGUUUAUCUGAAAAAACAGAAGCUUCUAUUUCUUGUUCAACUGGUACAGGGGAGGAUCCCCUUAUACCUGUUAAUAAGAAAUUAAGUGAUGCACGCGUCAUUUAUGCUGUAGCUCCUGCCAUGGGUCAUAACCAGGAGUCUCAUCCAGAAUCCCAUUUUAGAGUUCCGUCAAUAGUGAAUGCUCUUGAAAAAUGGGAGCUCUCGCCAAAGUUCCGUGGCUUGGAGGUUAUUGAACUUGAAAAUUUCAACGCAGCAUCAUCGAAUGACAUUGCAAGUGUUCAUACAAGAGCCUAUGUAUCAGGCCUUGAGAAGGCUAUGGAUCAAGCCUCAAAACAGGGAAUUAUUUUGAUUGAAGGCUCUGGGCCAACAUACGCAACUGUUGAUACGUUCCAGGAGUCACUAGUUGCAGCUGGAGCAGGAAUUGCCUUAAUUGAUGCAGUGGUUGCAGAAUCAAAGAUCAGCAAGAGUCCACCUGUAGGUUUUGCUUUAAUAAGACCUCCUGGACAUCAUGCUAUUCCAAAGGGUCCAAUGGGGUUUUGUGUUUUCGGAAAUGUUGCAGUUGCAGCUCGUUAUGCUCAGCGUUCACAUGGCUUAAAGCGUGUGUUUAUCAUUGAUUUUGAUGUUCACCAUGGGAAUGGGACAAAUGAUGCUUUCUAUGAUGAUCCUGAUAUAUUUUUCCUGUCAACUCACCAAGAUGGAAGCUACCCUGGUACUGGUAAAUUUGAGGAGGUAGGCCAUGGAGAUGGGGAAGGAACAACACUAAAUCUUCCUCUACCUGGAGGCUCAGGUGAUACUGCCAUGAGAACUGUGUUUGAUGAAAUAAUUGUACCAUGUGCUCAGAGGUUUAAGCCAGAUAUUAUCCUUGUCUCUGCUGGGUAUGAUGCUCAUGUAUUGGAUCCACUAGCAAGUCUGCAAUUCACGACGGGAACAUACUACAUGCUUGCAUCCUAUAUUCAACAACUUGCGAAUGAUCUAUGUGAGGGUCGAUGUGUAUUUUUCUUGGAAGGAGGAUACAACCUCAAGUCCCUUUCCUAUUCCGUGGCAGAUUCAUUCCGUGCCUUUCUGGGAGAGCCAAGUUUGGCUUCCGAGUUUGACAACCCUGCCAUCUUGCAUGAAGAGCCAUCAACCAGGGUUAGGCAGGCAAUUGAGAGGGUAAAACAUAUACAUUCCUUAUGAAGAUCCCAUAGACUUGGCAUGCAUACAACUUUACAUAUUAUUCUGUACUAUAAAGAUCAGAUGCAAGCAUGUUCUGUUGUGCAAAUCCUUACCUACAAAGCUCAUAGUUCUCACUUAUAGUAAGUUUGUUUUAGUGAUUGACAAUGACAAAUAGUUACCUGUACAUUCUUCACUGUUGAAUUUCUGUUCGUGUUGCAAUUUGUAUAUGUAUCUGGUGGUUGGGAAAAACCUAAGGAUCCAUUUGGAUCAAAGGCUUUGAAUUUGAGUUCAAAUGAGUUUUUUA